UUCUUCUUCUUCUUCUUCUUCUCCAUAACCUCUCUCUCUCUCUGCUUCUCAAAACCCUAAUCCCUCGCCAAACUCGAUUCCAAACCAAUCCAUCCCUCCAAUCUCGUCCAAGUUCGAUCCGAUUCCAACCGAUCCGGAUCAGAUCAAUUCAAUUCUUAGGGUGGCCAGCGCCAUGGAUUCUAGCCGGAGAGCUGUGGAGUCGUACUGGAGGUCGAGGUUGGUCGAUGCAGCUACCUCCGACGAAGACAAGGUCGCCCCCGUCUACAAGCUCGAGGAGAUUUGCCAGCUGCUUAGGUCAUCCCACGUCAGCAUCGUCAAGGAGAUGUCUGAGUUCGUGCUCAAGCGCCUCGACCAUAAAAGCCCCAUUGUUAAGCAGAAGGCUUUGCGAUUGAUCAAGUAUGCGGUGGGGAAGUCUGGUGUAGAGUUCAGGAGAGAAAUGCAAAGACAUUCGGUGGCUGUGCGCCAGUUAUUUCAUUACAAGGGACAUCCGGAUCCUUUGAAAGGAGAUGCUCUUAAUAAGGCUGUGCGGGACACUGCUCAGGAGGCGAUUGCUGCUAUCUUUUCAGAAGAAAGUAAGCCCGCUGCACCUGCAGAUGAUCUUAACAGGCGGAUUCAAGGUUUUGGGAAUACAAACUAUGAAAUGCCGACAGAGGAAAAGAAAUCGUUUAUAAGUGAGGUAGUAGGUAUUGGCAGUGCAUCUAUCAAGCAGGGAAUUAGUACUUUCACCCAUGGUCAGUCGUUUAAAAAGAAUGACAACGGAAGCUACAAGAGUCCUAAUCUUCAUAGGUCGUUAACGGUGGAAGGGAAGGCAGAUAAAUAUGAACCAUUUCAUUAUCCCAAUGAGACUCCGAGUAGUUUUGGGUCUUCAAAGAAUGUAGCUAGUGGACCCUGGGGUGAGGACUCCAGGUCAACCAAGCCUGAAUCAACUAAUGGAGAGUCUAGUUCAACUUACAGAGAGAGUAAGACCCGUGAGGAGAGGUUGUUGGAGACCAUUGUAACGUCAGGUGGUGUACGCUUACAACCCACUCGAGAUGCUAUGCAGGUUUUCCUUGCAGAAGCAGCGAAGUUAAAUGCAGUAGCAUUAAGUUAUGCCCUUGAAUUAAAGCUCCAGUCUCCAUUGUGGCAGGUGCGCAUGAAAGCUAUUUGUGUUCUUGAGGCAGUAUUGAGGAGAAAGGAUGGUGAAAACUUCUCAAUAAUUGAAUCGUAUUUCGUUGAGAACAAAGAUACUGUAAUGAGAUGCUCAGAGUCUCCCCAAGCUUCGUUACGAGAAAAGGCUAACAAGGUUAUAAACCUCUUAGGUGGAGAACAGACUGGAAGUAUGGCAGAUCAUUCUGAAGAGCGUGGGAAGGCUCAGACUACUACAGUUGUUGAUAUGCCUGAUCUAAUAGACACGGGUGAUUUAGAUAAUGACCAUCGGACAGAUGCUGCAGAUAACCAAAAUGAUCAAGUUAUGACAAACUUAACUGCACCACCUCAACUAAUAGAUGAUUUAUUUGGAGAUCCCCAAGGGAAUGUCGUAAGCACCAGUGAACUGAGGAACGAUGAGGAUCCCUUUGCAGAUGUCUCAUUCCACACUAACGAAAGUAAAGAACAUGCAGAUGAUCUCUUCUCUGGGCUUACAAUUGAUGAUAAACAAAAUGCUCUGGAGGAUGCAAUGGGAGGAAAGAAAGAUGGAUCCGAAUUAUUUGAUAUUUUUGGUCCUAAUCCGCAACUUCCACAGGAGCAAGAUCAUACUAAUAAUUUGGAUAAUUUGAUGGUCGGUUUAUCUAUUGAUAAAAAUGCGUCUAAUAUGGAGCAAAGGGGAACCUCUCCUGCAGUACUGUUUGAUAGUCUUUUGUCAAAUUCAAGUAGUCAACCCAGCCAUCAGGUCUCCACAGAUGCUUGGAGUGGAAUUCUCAAUUCUCAAAAAGAACAGAUGAGUGAAAUUCCAAUAUUUCCUCCAGGUUCUAUUCCUUACAAUGUACCUCCUGGCUUUAUGUUCAACCCAGCCUUCUCUUCUCAGCCUAUUAAUUACGGUGCCAUGGGAAGUCUUUUUGCUCAGCAGCAAUUCCUGGCGACAAUGUCCAAUCUCCAACACCUUGGGAAUCUCAAUGCUCAAAAUUCAAAUUUAAGUCAAAUUGCUGGAACAAAUGGAGGAUAUAAUUCAGCACUUCCCGAUAUAUUUCAGCCAAAUCAUCUGAAUCAACCUCCAACUUCAAUGAUGAACAAUGCAAAGAAAGAGGAUAGCAAGGCGUUUGAUUUUAUCUCGGACCAUAUCACUGCCGCUCGUGAUCCUAAGAGAGUAAUAUAAGUUUUUCAUAGUGUCUCAAAGCAGCAGGUCAGUCUCUUAGAACAAAAUGGAGCAAGUUUCUGUGAAAAGGAUACACGUUUGGCACAUGGUGCUGAACGUAUAUCUUUCACAUGCAAGUCCAGAGUAAUAAGGCCAACUUAUCUAGGAAUUCGACAAAAAGAGUAGACACAUUUCUGUUCAUUUUGCGGACUCGAGGGUGAAGAGAGCAAGGAUGUUCUGUAGUUAGCUUCGCUAGUCCCUUUUUAUUUUUAUAAAUGUAUGGCGCAGAUUGCAGCCCUCUUGUACUGAAUUUGUAGAGUGCAUUUACCCUCUCCACCAGCUCCCAGCCCCCCUCCGUUUUCUCUAUAAUUUUUCUUCUUUUUUUGCUUGCCUGUCUCGUCUCCCAAAAAUACUUAUGGUGUAUGCAUUUGGAUAUAGAAAAGGAAUAAGAUAGCAGUUACUAUGUUGGUUAUCUC